GGGCAUUAGUAGCCAUCUGCCAGUUCUGACUUAUUUGGGUGGUUACUGUUGUCAUGCAGUUUUAAAGAAAGUGAAAUGCUGUACCUGCAAACAAAACAUUACAAUAAAUUCCACAGUUAAUCAUGAUCAAACGUAUGAUCUUAUAAAGAAUCUUGAUCGUGGUGGACUCAGGUGGCCAAAACCAUUUAUUGUAAAUAUAAUUAUGUAUAAUUAUUUAAUUGUAAAUAAGCUGUGUAGUGAAGAAUAUGAAGAUUUUUUGUUGGAACAAAAUCAGAGGAAAAUUGUUGCAAAUUUGACUUUUAAAAUUUUAGAAUUAAAAGAAAUGCUCUUUGAUGAUAUUAUUUGUGAUAAUGGUCAUACAAGUGAAAGUAUAAGCAAACUGAUAAUUUGGAUAUCAACAAAUAUCAUGCUCAAGAAUCUUUGCAAUAGGAAAAAUGACGAUAUUAAGUCCAAUAAAGAAAAAAAAAAGAAAAACUUCAGACACUUGCAAAGUAACAUUGAUGCUGUCUUUAAAAGUAAUUUUUAAAGUUCUCUCAAACUGCAUCUUUGCUAAAUAUCUACGUGUCAUCUUUGGUAUUCAUAAUGAAGAAAGGAGUGUUUUUAUCAUGAAAUGGCUCUCAGGUGUAAAAAUGCAUAGGAUAUAUCUUAGUUUAUUGAAGUUAAGAAUUGGUGCUUUGUGGACUAAAAAAUAUGUGCAAUAUCCAUUGUCACACCACCACUCUGUUCAAGAAUAUCGAUCAGUCCUGAAUGAUAAAGAAAAUGAUUAACAAAGGAAUAUCUAGAACUUGAUUGUGUGCAUGAUUUAAUUCCAAAUAUAAGUAUUGGAAUAAUUCAUCCUCCUUAUUUUCAACAAAAACUCUUCAUUUGGUAAUAUACAUUUGUGCUUAUCAGUGUGGUGUCUUGUGUAACAAAUCGUCAGUAUUAUAAAAUAGAUGGAAAGAUCUUUGAUUAUUGCAAGAGCUUUAUGUGCU